GUAGUCCCUGUGUAAAAUUAGAGCAUUUCCCUCCAAAACCUUAGAAGCCUAUUUAAAUCCCUGAAGGAUCUUCACUCUGGUCUGAGCGGCUCUUCUCUGAGGACACAAACACGCAAUGGCUCAACGAGUGGAUGAUGUCAUUCAUCUCUGCUGUAAAAUAGCAGAUCAGCCUGAGUUCGAGAAAACCUGGAAAACCAUUAGAAAUAUAAAGAUGAUAACAGCAGCAGCAGGACAUAGCAUGCUUCUUUUUGGACCUCAAGAGUUGCUUGUUGCUGGAGCAGUUGGCGGUCUCAUAGCCUGGUUGGUGACCAGAAGGAAGUUCAAGUCUCUGCCUCAGAUCCUGAUGGAGUUGCCACGUGCUAAGAAACAGAAGCUCUAUAACAACGUUGUGGCCGUCUUACGCAACCUGACCUGGAGAAACGCAGCCCAGCUCGUUGCCAUCGUGAUGAGCAACGGCAUACUUCGGCAGAGGAUCACUGCUGUGUUGCUAAACUUCAUCAGACAGAAUCUGUGAGAGGAGCUCCGGUAUCAGGAUGGUCCAGGCUGAAAAACACAUCUUACUUUUGUAUUUCAUAAGAAAGUCAUCAUAGAAACCUACCUAUCUAACCUAAAAGUGUUUUAAUGAAUGUUUUGUUUGACAAUCUGAUGUCAGAUUUGUUCAGGUUUUGUGCCUGGAAAGUCAUUUAUGCCUCUGCUGAUGAAUUACAAAUAAAACAAACAUCAGGAGGUA